UCCGUUUUGCUCUAAACGUAUUUAAUAAUGAUCGCUCGCCAAUUGCCCCGAGGCAACUAACCAGUCGUUUUUAAAGGGUAAAGUAUGGAUCUUCUGCUGUGUAAACCGCCAUUUUUCGCGGAUGGAGCAUUGUGCGCAGCUUCCAGUGCUAGCUAGCUAGCUCACUCAAAGCCCUGGUACAUAAACGCCGCACAAAUACGCUGUUCACUGGGUAUAGGUAUUUAUGCCUCUUUACAAUUCUAAGUGGAUAGCCAUAACGUCGCUUGAUAAUACCCACUCCCUCGAGCAAAGAAGACAACUGAAAAGAGUUACAAUGUAUGUCAGAUUAUUUUGAGAAACUGCAACACAAACUAAUGGGAUAAUGGUGGUGCUGUUAAACCAAAGCAUUUUCUGGUAAAGUGACUGGAACAUGCUGUAAACUCAGUAUUGCCAAAUACACUUCUGGGAACAGAAGACCGAUUAUCUACAAUGAAGGUUGACAGAAGCAAGUUAAAGAAAACGCCAACAGAAGCACCAGCAGACUGCAGGAUACUUAUAGAGAAGCUCAAAGCGUGCAACGAUGAACAACUCUUGGUUGAACUGCAGCACAUCAAGACCUGGAACAUUGGGAAGUGUGAGCUUUACCAUUGGGUGGACCUGCUGGAUCGCUUUGAUGGCAUUUUGUGUGAUGCCGGCCAGACAGUGGAGAAUAUGUCAUGGCUGCUAGUGUGUGACCGUCCAGACAAUGGACAACUCAAAGCCUUGCUUUUGGCAGUGCUCAACUUCACAGCGCUGCUCAUUGAAUAUAGCUUCUCCAGGCAUCUCUACAGCUCCAUAGAGCACUUAACCAACUUGCUGGCAUCAUGCGACAUGCAAGUGGUCCUUUCUGUGCUGAAUCUACUCUACGUGUUCAGUAAACGCUCCAACUACAUCACUAGACUUGGAUCUGAUAAAAGAACACCUCUUCUGGCACGUCUACAACACCUGGCUGAGAGCUGGGGAGGAAAGGAGAAUGGCUUUGGUCUGGCUGAAUGCUGCAGGGAUCUGCCCAUGUCGAAGUAUCCUCCCAGUGCCACCACACUGCACUUUGAGUUUUACGCCGAACCAGGCCCAGAGGUCAAAGUUGAAAAGAAGCAGACUAGUAGUAACACACUACACUAUAUUCACAUCGAGCAGCUUGACAAGAUUUCAGAAAGUCCAUCAGAAAUCAUGGAGUCGCUGACAGCAAUGUACAACAUCCCUAAGGACAAACAGACCUUACUGUUCACUCACAUUCGACUGGCCCAUGGUUUCUCAAAUCACAAGAAGAGGUUGCAAGCUGUGCAGGCAAGACUGCAUGCCAUCUCUAUACUGGUGUAUUCAAAUGCUCUGCAAGAGUCAGCCAACAGUAUUCUGUAUAAUGGCUUGAUAGAAGAGCUGGUGGAUGUCUUACAGAUAACAGACAAACAGCUUGUGGAUAUCAAGGCCGCAUCUUUGCGCACUUUAACGUCAAUUGUUCAUUUGGAGAGGACACCCAAGCUUUCCAACAUAAUUGACUGCACUGGCACGGCGUCCUAUCAUGGUUUCUUGCCUGUAUUGGUGCGCAACUGUAUACAAGCAAUGAUUGAUCCUUUGAUGGAACCCUACCCACACCAGUUUGCCACAGCACUCUUCUCAUUCCUGUACCACCUGGCUAGCUAUGACGCUGGAGGAGAGGCUCUCGUCUCUUGUGGCAUGAUGGAAGCCCUCCUGAAAGUCAUCAAGUUUUUAGGCGAUGAGCAGGACCAGAUCACCUUUGUGACCCGAGCAGUGCGGGUUGUGGACCUUAUCACCAAUCUGGACAUGGCUGCCUUUCAGUCUCACAGCGGCCUUUCCAUUUUCAUCUGCAGGCUAGAACAUGAGGUGGACUUGUCAAGGAAAGAGUGUCCCUUUGUCAUCAAGCCAAAGAUCCAGAGGCCUAGCUCAGCUGUGGAGUCUGAAGACAUGGACACAGACAUGGAGAUGUCUGAAGUUGCCAUGGAAAGCAGCCCUGGACCAUCAACGUCUUCUGGUUCCAGACCAGAGGUAGAUCAACGAGCACAGAGCAGCUCUGCUAAUAUGCCUCGUGCAGGUGUGCAGUGUAUCCCCCAGAGGGCAGCUCUGUUGAAGUCAAUGCUAAACUUCCUGAAGAAGGCCAUCCAGGAUCCUGCAUUUUCUGAUGGCAUCCGCCACGUGAUGGAUGGAUCCUUGCCUACCUCACUUAAGCACAUCAUCAGUAAUGCGGAAUAUUAUGGCCCCUCCCUGUUCUUGUUAGCGACGGAGGUGGUGACAGUGUUUGUGUUCCAGGAGCCAUCCCUGCUCUCCUCUCUGCAGGACAAUGGGCUGACUGAUGUCAUGUUGCACGCCCUUCUUAUCAAAGAUGUUCCUGCUACCCGUGAGGUGUUGGGUUCUCUCCCAAAUGUGUUCAGCGCUCUCUGCCUGAAUGCCAGAGGUCUACACUCUUUUGUUCAGUGUCAGCCUUUUGAGCGCCUCUUCAAAGUGCUUUUGUCCCCUGACUAUCUGCCUGCCAUGCGCCGCCGCCGCAGCUCUGACCCUUUAGGCGACACUGCAUCUAACUUGGGCAGUGCUGUCGAUGAGCUCAUGAGGCACCAGCCCACUUUGAAGACGGAUGCCACUACUGCCAUUAUUAAGUUACUGGAGGAGAUCUGCAACUUGGGUCGAGCUCCAGAGUACAUCUGCCAGAAGCCAUCUAUCCAGAAAGCAGAUGGCACGGUGGCUGUGCCGCCAGCACGCUCCAGUCAUGCUGCUGAAGAAGCUUCCAGUGAGGAUGAGGAGGAAGAGGAGGCCCUCCACACAUUCACCCAGCAGCAGGGAGAACCAGAGAGCAACAGGCAGUCAGUUCCACUUGAACUGGUGGUGGGCACCGAGGAGAGAAUACCCAUUCCUCUAAUGGAUUAUAUACUGAACGUGAUGAAGUUUGUGGAAUCCAUCUUGAGCAACAACACCACAGAUGAUCAUUGUCAGGAGUUUGUUAACCAGAAAGGUCUGCUGCCUUUGGUCUCUAUUCUGGGCCUUCCCAACUUGCCCAUCGACUUUCCUACAUCAGCAGCCUGUCAAGCUGUGGCCGGUGUGUGCAAGUCCAUCUUGGUGAGGAAAAACAAUACGCUCUCGCAUGAGCCUAAAGUUCUUCAGGAAGGCCUGUGCCAAUUGGACAGUAUCCUGACGUCCCUGGAACCACUUCAUCGACCAAUUGAGAUGCCUGGUGGGUCUGUGCUUCUCAGAGAGCUGGCCAAUGCGGGCCAUGUCACAGACGCCACUCUGUCAGCCCGAGCCACGCCACUCCUACAUGCUCUGACUGCAGCCCACGCGUACAUUCUCAUGUUUGUCCAUACUUGCAGAGUUGGACAGAGUGAGAUCAGAGCCAUCUCAGUAAACCAAUGGGGCUCCCAGCUGGGCCUGAGUGUUCUGAACAAGCUCAGUCAACUCUAUUGUUCUUUGGUAUGGGAAAGCACAGUGCUGCUGUCGCUUUGCACUCCCAACAGUCUUCCUCCUGGAUGUGAAUUUGGCCAGUCUGAUAUGCAGAAACUUGUGCCCAAAGAGGAAAAACCAACAGGCAGUGCUGCAACAAACACAGCCUCUGGAUCCAAAAGAAAUGAAACUGACACGGUGUCUGUGGAUUCAUCUGCUGGUGGUCUGCUGGAAGGCAUGUGUCUGGAUGGGGAUGCCUUGGCUCCUAUGGAGACAGAUGAACCUUCAGCAUCCGACCCAAAGACAAAGUCCAAACUCACCCCAGCUAUGGCCACUCGUAUCAAACAAAUUAAACCUCUACUCUCAGCCUCAUCUAGGUUAGGUAGAGCUUUGGCUGAGCUCUUUGGCCUGUUAGUAAAAUUGUGUGUAGGUUCCCCCGUACGCCAACGCCGCUCCCAUCAUGCCACAAGCACAGGGACCACCCCUACACCUGCUGCACGAGCCACUGCCUCUGCUCUUACCAAGCUUCUCACCAAAGGUCUAAGUUGGCAGCCCCCACCAUACACACCCACACCACGGUUUAGGCUAACGUUCUUCAUCUGCUCAGUGGGCUUUACAUCUCCCAUGCUGUUUGAUGAGAGAAAAUAUCCCUACCACCUCAUGCUGCAGAAGUUCUUUUGCUCUGGGGGACAUGAUGCAUUGUUUGAGACGUUUAACUGGGCCCUGUCAAUGGGUGGGAAAGUACCUGUGUCUGAGGGCUUGGAGCACACAGAUCUCCCUGAUGGGACAGGAGAGUUUCUGGAUGCCUGGCUAAUGCUGGUGGAGAAGAUGGUUAACCCGAGCACUGUGCUGGACUCGCCCCACUCCCUGCCUGCUAAAAUGCCAGGGAUCACACCCACCAUGCCCCAGUUCAGUGCCCUUCGGUUCCUCAUUGUCACCCAGAAGGCUGCAUUCAGCUGCAUCCGCAGCCUAUGGAAUAGAAAGCCACUGAAGGUGUAUGGAGGCAGGAUGGCUGAAUCCAUGCUGGCCAUCUUGUGCCACAUACUCAGAGGGGAGCCUGUUAUUCAGGAGCGGCUGGUUAAGGAGAGAGAGGGGACGGCACGCCCUGAUGAGGAAGGGACAGCCUCCAGUUCUUUGGGACCCACUGUGGCUCCAGGAGCAUCUACAACAAGUGGAGAGAUGACUGGUACAGGAACUGGAUCCACCGCAGGGCCAGCCGCAGGAUCAGCUGAAGAGUCUACCAACUCCACACCUCGCCAUGAGCCUCAGGUCAACCAGGCUCAGCUCACUCAGGAAGCAGGCAGAGGGAGAGAGGCACACGCACAGGUCCGGCAGCAGCAGUUUCAGCAGCUGAUGGAUAUGGGAUUCUCAAGAGAACACGCCAUGGAGGCCCUACUCAACACCAGCACUAUGGAGCAGGCAACCGAGUACCUUCUCACACAUCCACCUCCCCUUCUUGGUGGAGCAGUACGGGAUUUGACCAUGUCAGAGGAGGACCAGAUGAUGAGGGCCAUUGCCAUGUCACUUGGGCAGGAAAUCAGCAUGGAGCAACGCUCCGACUCUCCAGAGGAAGCAGCACGCCGGCGUGAGGAGGAGGAUAGAAGAGCAAGGGAGCGGGCAGAAGAGGAGGAGGCGCGCUGUUUGGAACGUUUUAUGGAAGCUGAGCCCCUGGACCCCCAGGAACUUCACACCUUCACUGACUCCAUGCUGCCUGGCUGCUUCCAUCUCCUAGAUGAGCUGCCCGACACGGUCUACCGACUCUGUGACCUGCUGAUGACUGCCAUCAAGAGGAGCGGCCCGGAGUACAGAGACCUCAUCCUCGGACAAGUUGUCCACCAGGUGUGGGAGGCUGCAGAUGUGCUGAUCAAGGCUGCUGAGCCCCUUACCACCAGUGACACAAAGACUGUGUCUGAGUGGACCAGACAGAUGGCAACGCUGCCCCAGGCGUCUAAGCUGGCAACACGAAUUCUGCUGCUCACGUUGCUCUUUGAGGUGCCAGAAUUAAAGGAAUUGAAACUCCUGGGUGCCAGAGUGGUGGAGAGCAGUGGGAUUCUUGAUUUGCUGAUCAAACUCCUGGAAGUCGUUCAGCCGUGUCUGCAGGCAGCCAAAGAGCACAAAGACAUUCAGACUCCAAAAUGGAUAACACCAGUGCUGUUGCUAAUUGACUUUUACGAGAAGAUGGCUGUCUCCUCAAAGAGAAGAGAACAAAUGAACAAGUAUUUGCAGCCUAAUGGAAACAACUGGCGAUGGUUUGAUGAUCGCUCAGGGCGUUGGUGCAGUUACAGCGCAUCCAACAACAGCACCAUUGACUCUGCAUGGAGGGCUGGGGAGAGCAGCGUCCGCUUCACGGCUGGACGACGGAGAUACACUGUGCAAUUUAACACAAUGGUGCAGGUAAAUGAAGAGACUGGUAACAGAAGGCCAGUGAUGUUGACUGUCCAGAAAGUGCCUCGCAUUACCAAGCCUUCCAAGACUGGUAAUGUAACUGACUCUGAGAGAGAGGAGGGAGACAAGAGCAAAGUGGAAGAAAACCAAACUGAUUUAGAUUCCGGGGUGACGGUGGAGAUGAGUGCAUCUAAGGAUGAUUCUAACCAGCUAAAAGAAACCACUUCCUGCCCCUCAACCUCCCUGGAGUCUGACUACUCUCAGGGUUCUGACAUUGUUGUCAAAGGCCUGACUGAUGACAUGACCACUGUUUUAAUCCGGGCUUGUGUCAGUAUGAUUAGUGUUCCUGUGGACCCCGACACUCUUCAUGCCACACUUCGUCUCUGCUUGCGCCUUACUCGCAACCACCACUAUGCAAUGAUGUUUGCUGAGCUGAAGAGCACACGGAUGAUUCUGGGACUGACGCAGAGCUCUGGAUUCAAUGGCUUCACCCCACUUGUGACUUUGCUCUUCAGACACAUCAUAGAAGAUCCAGCCACUCUACGACACACCAUGGAGAAGGUGGUGAGGUCGGCCGUGACAAGUGGAGCAGGUAGCACUACUUCAGGAGUGGUAUCAGGCAGCCUUGGUUCAAGAGAAAUCAAUUACAUCCUCCGUGUCCUGGGCCCUGCUGCAUGUCGUAACCCCGAGUGCUUCAUUGAAACGGCCAGCAACUGUAUUCGCAUUGCUCUGCCUGUGCCCCGUGGAGCUGGCACCACCUCUGAUGAUGAGUUUGAGAACCUUCGAAUUAAGGGGCCAAAUGCUGUGCAACUUGUGAAGACCACUCCUUUGAAACUGUCUCCCCUACCGUCCAUCCCCGACACCAUCAAAGAUGUCAUCUAUGACAUGCUCAAUGCUUUGGCUGCAUACCAUGCCCCUGAAGAACCUGAGCGUUCAGAAGAGCGAGCUGCAGUUCCUGGUAGUCAAGACCUGUGCCAGAUCCUGCAGGAUGUCGGUGAUGAUGUUUACCAGCAGUACCGACUGACUAGACAGGGAAGCGACUUUGACUCCCAGCCAGCAUUCCAUAUCAAUGCCCAAGUGUUUGCUGCUGAUGGAGGUGUGGCGGAGUCCUCUCAAUCUGGCACACCACAAGGGGAAGCCUCCACACCAGAAGAGAUGAGAGAGGAGAAAAAAGAACAAGAGGGAGAGAAGGGUUCUAGCUCAGAUGAGAGUAAAGCAGCUAAGGUCAAGGCAAGCAAGCCUCUAAUGCCUACUUCUACCAUCUUGAGACUACUGGCUGAACUGGUGCGCUCCUAUGUGGGCAUUGCCACGCUAAUUGCCUCCUAUUUCUACACCGCGGGACAGUCUGAGCUUAUUAAAGAGGACUGCAGUGUUCUGGCUUUUGUGCUCGACCACUUGCUGCCUCACACUCAGAAUUCAGAGGACAAGGACACGCCAGCCCUGGCACGUCUCUUCCUAGCCAGUCUGGCAGCUGCCGGCACAGGCACUGAUGCCCAGGUGGCCCUGGUGAAUGAGGUGAAGGCUGCUCUUAGUCGAGCAUUAGCAAUGGCGGAAGGUGCUGAAAAACAUGCAAGGCUUCAGGCAGUGAUGUGCAUUAUCAGCACCAUUAUGGAGUCGUGUCCCUCCACAUCCACUUUCUACAGCACAGCGGCAGCAAAGACUCAGCAUAACGGCAUGAACAAUAUCAUAAGACUCUUUCUCAAGAAAGGAUUGGUCAAUGACUUGGCCCGUGUUCCUCACAGCCUAGAUUUGUCCAGUCCUAACAUGGCCAACACUGUGAACGCUGCUCUGAAGCCUCUGGAAACUUUGUCACGCAUUGUUAACCAGCCCAGCAGCCUUUUUGGAGGCAAAGGAGGCUCCACCAAGAGCAAGACGGAGCACGACACUGUGGGCACUGCCAGGGAUAGCAACAGCAACACACAGGACCAAGGAGAAUCUGGAGAAACCGAACCAGUGGAUGGCAGUCACAGAGUCCAGGGAACAGACAGCGACCUCAUGGAUGGAGAAGCAGAGGGAGACACGGUGGUUAUUGCUGGUCAGCCAGAGGUUCUCAGCACACAGGCUAUGCAGGUAGAGAAUGAGUUGGUGGACCUGAUUGAUGAGCUGUUGGAGAGAGACACUGGAUCAGUGAACAGCACAAUUAUAGUGGGACGUAGCGCUGAGGAUGAAUCUCAAGAGGAUGUUUUGAUGGAUGAGGCUCCAUCCAAUAUUAGUCAAGCUUCCACUCUUCAGGCCAAUCGUGAAGACUCCAUGAACAUUCUCGAACCAGAGGAUGAAGAACACACACAAGAGGAAGACUCAAGUGGAAGCAAUGAUGAUGAAGACAGCCAAGAUGAAGAAGAGGAAGAGGAAGAAGAGGAAGAGGAUCAGGAUGAUGAAGGAGAUGAGGAUGAUGAUGACGAAGGAUCAGAGAUGGAGCUGGAUGAAGAUUUCCCUGACAUAAACUCUGCACCACAUAUCCGCUUUGAAAGAUUUGACAGGGAUGAUGACCUCAUCAUCGAGUUUGACAACAUGUUCUCUAACAACACUGACAUCCCAUCUUCUCCAGGGAACAUCCCUAGCUCCCACCCUCUGAUGGUGCGCCAUGCUGACCAUGGGUCCCUCACUCUGGGUGUGACAGGCACUAGCAGCCGCCUGGCACAGGGCAUGGGCCGCAGCCAGCGAACGCUGCGUCAGCUCACUGCAAACAGUGGACACACUAUCCACGUCCACUACCCUCAUAAUCGCCAGCCCAACCCACCGCUCAUUUUGCAAAGACUGCUGGGCCCCAGCGCUGCAGCAGAUAUCCUACAACUGUCCAGCUCUCUGCCUUUGCAGUCUCGUGGUCGGGCUCGGCUUUUGGUUGGAAACGAGGAUGUGCAUAUCAUCGCCCGUUCUGAUGAUGAGUUGUUGGAUGACUUUUUCCAUGAGCAGAGCAGCACUGGAGGACAAGCAGGCACCCUCUCCAGUAUUCCAACUGCCUUAACUAGAUGGACCGAUGAGUGCAAGGUGCUGGAUGCUGAGAGUAUGCACGACUGCGUAGCAGUGGUGAAGGUGCCAAUAUUGCAGCAUCUGGAGAGUCUAAGAGAUGAGGAGCUGGAAGAACGCAGAGAGAAGCGGAGGCGGCAGCUGGCUGAGGAGGAGGAGUCUAAGCAGAAUGAGAGGAGGGCUUCUGGAGCAGAAGUCAGAGAGCAGAGCCUGCAGGGUUCUGGAUUAAGGACAGUUAAUGGAACAGAAAACACUGCAGAGAGUGAGCAGACUCAGGAUGGUACAAUGUCAUGUCUGGACACACCCAGAGUCUCAGAGGGCUUCCUCACUGCUCCCCCAUCUGGAGAAGUGACUCCAACCACACCAGCUCCUCAUGAACAAGCCCUAGUCUCCCUGGAGACUGCCAUCAGUCAGCAGGUCCACCAACCAAUUGCUGACCUGCUCCUGACUGAGUCUCAUGCCAGCUCACUGGCUGCUCUGGCUAGUGCUGGCCUUCCGUCUUUGUCGGCCGCUGAGAGGCCAAACAGCGAGGCAGAAGCAUCACAGAUGGAAAUGUCACCAGCACCAAUAAUUGGUGAGAGAGUUGAAGGGGGCAUUAGUGGAGGAGCUUUGGAUGAAGGCAGAGAAGCCUCUCUGAGUCCAGACAUCAUAGAGAACUCUGAGCCUGCUGUGGUUGGGGUUUCACAGCUGGAGGGCUCACCAAUGGAUACCAGCAGCCCUGCCUCUGCUACUCAAGACGAAGCUGCUCCCAACCCUGCUCAGACCACGCAGCUGUCACAAGAGCUGUCUGGUAGUGGCGAGAGUGGGCUGACUGACAGGCAAACUGAUGCAGAGACAGGCUCCACAUCUGUUUCCUCUCCUGGGGAAACGAUGCCCAGAAGUGAUAGUGCUGAUAGCCAGUCCCAGGCCAUCCAGGAGGAGCCCCUCCCAUCCACAAGCAAUGAUGAGGAGGACCCACUUGCAGGGAUCAACCUGCCAGAGGGUGUAGACCCCUCCUUCUUAGCAGCCCUUCCAGAGGACAUUCGUCGAGAAGUGCUGCAAAAUCAGCUUGGCAUUCGACCACCAUCACGUCCUCCUGCUACCACAACCUUAUCCUCCUCUAAUGUACCUGUACUAGGAGGACCAGGGGUCACAGAGGUCAGCCCCGAGUUCCUGGCAGCACUGCCACCAGCCAUCCAAGAAGAGGUUCUUGCACAACAACGAGCUGAGCAGCAGCGAAGGGAGCUAGCUCAGCAGCCUCCACAGGGAGACACCCCCUUGGAUCCAGUCACCUUCAUCCAGACACUGCCCUCAGAGCUCCGCCGGAGUGUUCUUGAGGACAUGGAGGACAGUGUGUUGGCCGUCAUGCCUCCUGACAUUGCAGCAGAAGCGGCUGCGUUGCGUCGAGAGCAAGAAGCACGUCAGAGACAACUGAUGCACGAGAGACUGUUUGGUCAUAGCUCUUCUUCAGCCCUCUCAGCAAUCUUGCGCUCACCAGCCUUCACCAGUCGGUUAGGAAGUAAUCGUGGUGUCCAGUACACUCGGCUGGCAGUCCAAAGAGGAGGAACAUUUCAAAUGGGUGGGGGAACAAAUCACAGACCAUCCAGUUCAAACGUGGAUUCUUUACUGCGUCUGCGUGGACGAUUGCUGCUGGACCAUGAGGCUUUGUCUUGUCUGCUGGUCCUGUUGUUUGUAGAUGAACCAAAGCUCAACACUAGUCGUUUGCAUCGCGUUCUCAGGAACCUCUGCUACCAUUCUCAAACACGCGGGUGGGUCAUUCGCAGCCUGCUGUCCAUCCUCCAACGCAGCAGUGAGAGUGAGGUAUGUCUGGAGACCUCACGCCUGGAAGAUUCCCGUGGCAAGAGAAGCACCCAGGGAAGUUGUGGAGGAAAAGUUUCAGCCACCUCUUCCCUUGCCUCUUCAUCUUCAGCCUCCUCAUUAGAGCUCUUGAACAGGGUGGAGUCUCGUAGCUCCAGCCAGCUUUCCUGGCUCUCUGUUUCUAUGGAUGCAGCUUUGGGCUGCCGGACAAACAUUUUCCAGAUUCAGCGGGCAUCGGGGAGGAAGCACGCUGACAGACAUUCAGCUGGUGGCUCUACAGGAACCGCAACGCUGGGGGCAGGAGUGUCAGGCACUGCUACGGGGGUGACAUGUGCUGGAGGUGGAGGCUCCACUGUUCACAUCCACCCACAAGCUGCUCCAGUGGUCUGUCGACAUGUGUUGGACACACUCAUCCAGCUAGCAAAGGUGUUUCCCAGCCACUUCACCCAACAACGAUGCAAGGACUUGUUGGCUUCUGCUUCUGAUCUGGAUUCUCGACUGUCUUCAGGUCUCUCUGGGGUGGGGAGUGGAAGUGGGGGCUCUAGGUCAGGGGCUCAGUCUCAGAGCAAUCCCAAUGCCUCCAACACUCAGAACCCUCUGGGUUCCUCUACGCUUACCCCUCAGUCUCUAGGCAUCUCCACAGAUUUUUGGGACCUUCUUGUCAAGCUUGAUAAUAUGAAUGUCAGCCGCAAGGGCAAAGCCUCUAUGAAAACGGUGCCUCUGGGUGGCGGUGCAGAGGCUGACGGAGCACAGUUCAGCUUGGAGAGUUCUCCUCUUGGCCAGCUGAUGAACAUGUUGUCUCAUCCUGUAAUCAGGCGGAGCUCCUUGCUCACAGAAAAGCUGCUGCGCCUGCUCUCCCUCAUAUCUAUUGCCCUGCCUGACAACAAGGCUACUGAGGUACCUGCUGGACACCCAACCCCACAGGCUGCCAUCCCGAACACCGCAAGCUCAGGAGCAACAGUUUCAAUCACAACACAAGGAGUGACACCAGUGGGCUCCAUCCAGCCCACUGUGGUCAUCGCUGGAGUUCCUCUUGGAGCUGCAGCCCAGAGUACAUCCUCAGGGACAAAUCUUGCAAUUUCGCAGGCAUCCUCUACUACAAUCACUAUACCUACAUCUACUGGAUUGACCGCUACAGGAAAACAGAGGGGCAGCAUUGGCAAUAUAGAGCUAGACAAGAUGGCCUCCACUGGACUCACUGAGAAACAACUUCAGCUUUCUGUGGAGGUAUUGACAUCUCACUCAUGUUCAGAGGAGGGUCUGGAGGAUGCUGCUAACAUUCUGCUGCAGCUGUCUCGAGGAGACGGCAUCACCAGAGACACGGUCCUCAGACUGCUGCUCAGUGGAGCUAGACAUCUCGGAUACACUCUUUGCAAGCAGAUUGGCACAUUACUGGCUGAACUGAGAGAGUACAACUUGGAGCAGCAGAGGCAGGCUCAAACUGACUCUCAUUCACCUGAUGCACCACCUGACGAGUCCUCCUUAUCAGCCAGGCUGAAGGGCAAAAUGACCAGCAGAUUUGACGGCUCUGAGAGUGUGGUGAUUGUGGCUGCACAGAAGCGCACGCUGGGGGGACGGGAGCUGCAGCUUCCUUGUAUGAGCUCAUUAACAUCCAAAACAUCGACGCAGAAGUUCUUCUUGCGAGUGCUGCAGGUCAUAAUCCAGUUACGUGAGGACACAAGACGUGCCAACAAAAAGGCUAAACAAACAGGAAGAUUAGGCUCCAGUAGUUUGGGUUCAGCCAGCAGCAUCCAGGCUGCUGUGCGGCAGCUUGAGGCUGAGGCUGAUGCCAUCAUUCAGAUGGUGAGAGAGGGACAGCGUGCACGUCGGCUCCAACAAGCCCCCCCACCAUCCGCUCCCACCGCCGCCGGGUCAUCUGUGGCUGCUCCCCUUGCUCCCACUGGUGCUCCUCACCCUACUGGCACGGCUGCUGCUGCCACGUCUGAAGUGCAGUCAGUACCAGAGGCCCAGUCAGCACAGAGAGACGAAUCUCCCAUGGACGUGGACCAACCGUCUCCUCUAAUCCAGGACCCUACACCUCUGGAUGAGGAGGGAAACGGCCAGUCGGAGAGCGAAGAGAAGCUUCCAGACCUCCCCCUGCUCAGUGAGCAGCUGCUGUUGGAUGAAUUAUGGGACAUGCUUGGGGAGUGUCUGAAGGAGCUGGAGGAGUCCCACGACCAGCAUGCUGUGCUGGUGCUCCAGCCUGCUGUUGAAGCUUUCUUUUUAGUUCAUGCCACGGAGCGAGAGAGCAAACCACCUGUGAGAGACACACGGGAGAGUCAGCUUUCUCACAUCAAAGACGAGCCUCCACCUCUGUCCCCGGCGCCCCUAACACCUGCUACACCUUCGUCUCUAGACCCGUUCUUUUCCAGGGAGCCAUCUUCUAUGCAUAUAUCAUCAAAUCUGCCACCAGACACCCAGAAAUUUCUCCGGUUUGCAGAAACUCAUCGCACUGUGCUCAAUCAGAUCCUGAGACAGUCGACCACUCAUUUGGCUGAUGGGCCUUUUGCGGUGCUGGUUGACUACAUACGCAUUCUGGACUUUGAUGUUAAGAGGAAGUAUUUCCGCCAGGAGUUGGAGCGUCUCGAUGAAGGUCUGAGAAAAGAGGACAUGGCCGUGCAUGUGAGACGAGAUCACGUGUUUGAGGAUUCCUACAGGGAACUGCAUCGCAAGAGCCCAGAAGACAUGAAGAACAGGCUGUAUAUUGUGUUUGAAGGAGAGGAGGGUCAGGAUGCUGGCGGCCUGCUGAGGGAGUGGUACAUGAUCAUCUCACGAGAGAUGUUCAACCCCAUGUACGCUCUGUUCCGCACUUCUCCAGGUGACCGCGUCACCUACACCAUCAACCCCUCAUCUCACUGCAAUCCCAACCACCUCAGCUACUUUAAGUUUGUGGGUCGUGUUGUUGCCAAGGCGGUCUACGAUAACCGGCUACUGGAAUGCUACUUCACCCGCAGCUUCUAUAAACACAUCUUGGGCAAGAGUGUCAGGUACACAGACAUGGAAAGUGAGGACUACCCGUUCUUCCAGGGUUUGGUGUACCUGUUGGAGAAUGAUGUGUCCACUCUGGGCUAUGAGCUGACAUUCAGCACAGAGGUCCAGGAGUUUGGUGUGUGUGAGGUUAGGGACCUGAAGCCAAAUGGAGCCAACAUACUGGUCACAGAGGAGAACAAGAAGGAGUACGUGCACCUGGUGUGCCAGAUGAAGAUGACAGGUGCAAUCCGUAAACAGCUGGCGGCUUUCCUUGAGGGAUUCUAUGAGAUCAUUCCCAAGAGACUGAUCUCCAUCUUCACUGAGCAGGAGCUGGAGCUGCUCAUCUCUGGCCUGCCCACCAUUGACAUCGAUGACUUGAAGGCUAACACUGAAUAUCAUAAAUAUCAGUCUAGCUCCAUCCAGAUUCAGUGGUUCUGGAGGGCCUUGCGGUCCUUUGAUCAGGCUGACCGGGCUAAGUUCCUACAGUUUGUCACUGGCACGUCUAAGGUUCCACUCCAGGGAUUUGCUGCGCUGGAGGGCAUGAACGGCAUCCAGAAGUUCCAGAUCCAUCGCGAUGACCGAUCAACUGACCGCCUGCCAUCUGCUCACACCUGCUUUAACCAGCUGGACCUACCAGCCUACGAGAGCUACGAGAAGCUGAGACAUAUGCUGCUGUUGGCCAUUCAGGAAUGUUCAGAGGGAUUCGGACUGGCUUAAACACACAGACAUGCAUCCACAUAAAUAGUUUGGCAUACUCCUGACACAUUCACACUGGUAACCUCUGAACGCAAGCAUACACACACACACACACACACACACGCUUUCAUAGACAUUACUGGAUAUCUUGUUGAAUGGCCUAGUCUAGCUGGUUUCUAUUCCAUAUAAAACAGAUAAAACCAGCAGAUGAAGUAAGACUGAUUGAUACUGCGUACAACACAGAGAGCCUCAUUUCGACACCGUUGUGUGUCCUUUCCCAAUUUAUGGCAAAUGCAAGUGAGGAUUCAUGGACUACUAUAAGAGAUGUUUUCUUCAUUUAGUUUGGUUUCUCUGUACAAAAGGUUUGGGAGUUUAUUAUGUUCGAUCUUUUUUGUUCUCUGGCUGUGUAAAAAGAAACAGAAUGUUGUUUGAACAGGAUGGUUAUAAAACCUUUGGGGGAAAAAACACGUUGGUGGUUUCCUGUUGCAAAUUUGUGACCUCACAAGCCUUGACAAUGGGGCACAUUUAUAUGGGGGGUAGACGAACAACUUGAGAGGUAUUCACCAAAAUGCACUUUUCAAGGUUUUGUGGCAUUUUUAAGGAAGGAUGGAUCAACAAAUGAAAUGAAGAGAAAAUCUGAAGUUGAUUUAAAAGAAAAAAAGCAUAACCAUAAAUUCUAGAGUAUUUUUGGGUAUUAAAUUGCUGACCCAGCCUUGAGCCUUUGAAUCCGAGUGGAAAACAUGAAUAAAUGCAUAAAAUUUCA